ACUUUACGGAAUGACGUCAUAGGUCAGACGCACAGUACACGAAACAUGGCGGCGCAAACGAAGAAAGUGUUCGAGAUUUUCGUGACUAAAGUACCAUGGACCAUAUCCUUCAAGGAGAUGAGGGAGUACUUUGGACAGUUUGGUCAAGUUAAAAGGUGUAUGAUACCAUUGGACAGGGCAACAGGCUUCCAUAAAGGUUAUGGCUGGGUUGGAUUCUCAUCAGAAGAAGGAUUAAACAAUGCACUGCAGAAAGACCCCCACACUCUGGACGGAGCCAAGCUCCAGGUCCAGAGGAACAGACGUCCGUUCACAGAUCAGAAGACAAACAAAGACAGUGAAUUUGACUGACUUUAAAGCAACAAAUUAAAGAUACUCUGUUGAAAUUCUCAGACACAGAGUCUCUCAGUCUGCACCAACUGCUUGAUAUGUGACAUGUUUCUAAAUCUGUUUGGGCCCAUAGGAAACUUAAGACCAAAACACAACCACUAGUGUUUAAUUUUCCAUUCUGUAUUCUCUGUUGGGCCCCUCCCUGAGAGUUUUCCUGCACAUUUAGGGAGUUUGGGUCCGAGCAUUUUUGUUUCUGUACUGAUGGACACUAUACAAAUAAAGAUUGAUUGAUUGAUUGAUUGAUUGAUUGAUCGAUGGGAUGAGCAGCGCUAAUGGUAUGUCUUUAUUUAUUGUCAGUGAUGGCGCUGUGCUUCCUGUAACAAUCCUGUCACAUACUCUCAACAAUACAAAGCAGGUUUAAGCUUUCUUGAAAGGUCUAUGAAGUGUUUGGCAAUAAAAAAAUGUGUUUUAUUCUAA